UCAAAUUCACACUCAUCUACGAGUUCCUAGGGAUCGUAUAUCUGGGUAUACCAUAUUAAUAACGAAAUGGCGAAGUUAUCUGCAUUUCUGUAUAUUGCCAUUUUGGCCUUGGCUUUUUUUGCUGUAGUUCACUGUACUGAAAACGAUCAAGGCGAAAAUGAUAAUCAGAAUUCGAGUCAGGAAAAUAAAGACUCGACUACCCCACAGAACCAGGCCUCUGGUAACGCAACAGCUGCUGGUAAUUCAACAGGCCCUGUUAACGCAACAACUAACAGUACAUCAGUUGAUAAUUCAAACGGCUCUGUUAACGCAACAACUAACAGUACAUCAAUUGAUAAUUCAAACGGCUCUGUUAACGCAACAACUAACAGUACAUCAGUUGAUAAUUCAAACGGCUCUGUUAACGCAACAACUAACAGUACAUCAGUUGAUAAUUCAACAGGCCCUGGUAAUGCAACAGUUGACGGUAAACCCACUGGCAAUUCAACAUGCUCUGGUAACGCAACAGCUGACGAUAAACCCAGUGGUAAUUCAACAGGCUCUGAUAACGCAACAGCUGACAAUAAACCCGCUGGUAAUUCAACAAGCUCUGGUAACGCAACAGUUGACGGUAAACCCACUGGUAAUUCAACAAGCUCUGGUAACGCAACAGUUGACGGUAAACCCGCUGGUAAUUCAAACAGCUCUGGUAACGCAACAGUUGACGGUAAACCCGCUGGUAAUUCAACAGGCCCAUCAGCUAGUGAAGGAGUUGGCAAAGGAUGUGGAGAUCGUAGUAUAAAAAUAUUGAGAUUAACUUUGCGAAAUCCAUUCCCUGGAUUGGAGAGACAUAUAAAAUGUGACAAGCCUGGAAAGGGUAAAGGUGAAGGUCCUAUUAAAGGCAAGAACGAUGAAGAAAACGGAGAGGGAUCAGAUGAAGGAGACUCAGAAGACGGAUGUAAAUCGGGGAGAAGAUUAAUCGGAAAAAAAUGUGGUCGUAGUAAAGGCAGAAGGCUCAAAGGAAAAGGAAAACGCUCAGAUGAUGAAGAUUAAAACGCAGAGAAACAAGGAGAGAAGGAAAAAAGAGCGAUGACUUAAAGAAGAAAACUCCAUAGAAGCCAAAACAAAUUCACAAUGAAUGUCCGACACAGUGCAAUGAAAAGGAACCCGCCAACGAUAAAAGACGAUUUCUAAGUAUUUUAAAUAUGUAUUUUACAAAAGAUUAUCUUCAAUCUUUUCACAUUCAACGUUUCUUAAAAUAAUUAUUCAAAUAAAUGGUAAAAUAAGCAGCAUAAAAUAA